AUGGGUGAGGGUGGUUUACGGUGGGUUCCUGGGUUGAUUCUCGCACUAAGCUCCGUUAGAAAAACAAGUGUCACAACGCAGACAGUAAGCCUGAACAGCGGAAAAGUUAUGCUUGUUUGUCGAUAUAGGCUAGUAUUCGAUUUCGGAACUCUAAAUCUGUUCCUGGUGAACGAAGCAAUACGAAGAUGGAGAGUAGCUCUCGACGAGAUCAAUGAUAAAUACGCUCGUUUCCGUUAUAAUAUCCCUGACGAGGCCACAGAGUCCUGUACCGUAUCUGAAAAGAAAAGCUGUGAGAAAAGCUGUAUGACGUCAGAAUGCCAGGAGACUCAGAAGACUAAUACGAGGAACGACUCGGUCAUGUGCACAGGAACCCCUACCAAAUUAACAGUAAGCGGGGUAAAAUGCAUUACAUCAAAAUGUUCAUUGGAAAUGAACUAUUUGUUCAAUUUCAGCUCGAUUCGGAACCAAGUCGCAGGUCCUUAA